AAAUCCUCUCUCACUCCCUCGCUCUCCCUCCCGCGCUCACCCUCUCUCCUCCGGCGAGUUCAUCGGCCACCGGAAAUCCCCUCUCACUCCCUCGCUCUCCCUCCCACGCUCACCCUCUCUCUCCUCCGGCGAGUUCUUCGGCCACCGGAAAUCCUCUCUCACUCCCUCGCUCUCCCUCCCGCACUCACCCUCUCUCUCCUCCGGCGAGUUCUUCAGCCACCGGCGAAGCUGUCCGUUCGUCGCAAGGUUCUGUCCACUGUCUGUCUCACUCUGGCGACGUCUACAGCCACCGGCGAAGCUCCUGUCUCUCUCUCACUCCUGCGAAGCCGAAGGCUCUCUCUCUCCUCCACCGGUGUGAUAGUGGGGAGCAUUUUCUUCACAGCAGUCUAAAGAAAGCUGUGGUUAUCAAUUUGAAUGAAAAUGCUGCUUUGCAAGUUGGAUAAAGGCAAAUCUAGCUCAAUUCCACUGCCAACAACUCAGGCCUCAAGGAUGCCAUUUCCUGAAAUACAGUACCCUCAGCCCGCUUCACCUGUAAAACUAUUGGGUCAUGCUGGAUGGUUGCUGCUAUUGAGACAACAAGUGUAUAGCAAGGUUUUUUUAACAGUAAGCUGCAGUUUGAGAUGUUGCUGGUUGCUUGGUUUGCUAUGUGAUGGUUUGGCUGAUGUAGUUUGUUACUUUGCUGGUUGUAAUCUAUAUAGUUGUAGUGUUCAGGAAGCUUGUUGUUUUCCUGGAGUUUUUGGCUAAAUAGCUAGAGUGCAUUGUAUUCAUUAACUUUUUUAAAUGAAAGAGUUACUCAUUAAUAGUGAGGAAGAGUACAGAUGAAAAAAAAAAAAAUAGCAAUUAAAUAAAUGCAGAACGCCCAGAAAAUAGCUAGAGUGAAUCACAGACAAUGCCAGCAAAGCUUCAUAUUUCUACCGGUACAAGGUAUUCUCCAGCGUCAAACGCCAGGAAUACAAUUCUCCGCGUUUGCUCUCUUCCACGGUGUUUUUCGGGCGUCGGGAGAACCUAUUUUUAUUUUUGUAGUGAGCACAUAUUAUUCUUCAUUUUAUUCAUUUUUAGCCUUUGACUGAA